AGUUAUAUCUACUUGUUCGCUUUCUUCUUCAAUUAAUAUAAGAUCUCUCGCCAGCCAUAUCUCCGGCGACUACAACUACUACAUCAAUCACAAAACUCUUAUAGUCACUGUCUCUCCGAAUCAUAAUUGUCUCCACAAGAACGACCCCAAACCAAAGCUCACGGUCCAUCAUAUGCAUCAUCAUUGACCAAGAUUUGAAGAAAAGGUUUUGCACACGGAGUGUAUUUUAUUCCUUGUGUGAAAGCUCCUUGGUUUGACCAAAUGUGUUGGUAAAGCAUUUACAUCAGGGAUCUGGUUUUGGUACAUAAGGAGGAGUCUUUUCGUCUUUUUUUUUUCACAAUCUCUCUGCGAUCAGAUUGCAUUGACCAAUGGGAGGUUGUGUGUCCAAGAGCAAUGAAGAGACUAUCUAUCGUCCGCGUCUCGGGAUGGGAUGCUGUGGGAGCAAAAUGGGGAGGAGAACGCUCUCAGGCCGCAUCGUUUCACUUCAUGACUUGGUCUCUAUUCCUAAUAGGAUCACCAGCAGCGGAAAGAGCAAGAGUUCUUGCGUUUUCACUCAACAGGGACGCAAGGGAGUUAAUCAGGACUCCAUGAUCGUCUGGCAAGAUUUUAUGUCGAAAGAUAUGACAUUCUGCGGUGUUUUUGAUGGGCACGGUCCUAACGGUCACCUUGUUUCUCGUAAAGUGAGAGAGUCAUUGCCUGUAAGGUUGCUCUCUUUCAUGCACUCGAUUCAGUCUAAGCAAAACGGAUCCACAAGCAAAUCUGAUAGCCAAGAAGCUAGUGAGGAGGAUAAACUGAAGCUCCUGUGGGAAGAAGCUUUCUUGAAAUCAUUCAAUGCUAUGGAUAAGGAACUUCGAUCACAUCCUAAUGUAGAAUGCUUCUGCAGCGGCAGCACUGCCGUUACAGUCAUUAAGCAGGGGUCACAUCUGUUCAUGGGAAACAUUGGGGACUCUCGGGCGAUACUUGGAUCCAAAGACAGCAAUGAUUCAAUGGUUGCAGUUCAGCUAACAGUUGACUUGAAGCCUGACUUACCAAGGGAAGAAGAGAGGAUCAAGCAGUGUAAAGGUCGUGUGUUUGCGCUCGAAGACGAGCCAGAGGUGCCACGAGUCUGGCUACCAUUUGAUAACGCUCCUGGACUAGCCAUGGCUAGGGCGUUUGGUGAUUUCUGUGUGAAGGACUACGGUGUAAUAUCAAUACCCGACUUCUCUCACCGUCUUCUUACUGAUAGAGAUCAGUUCAUUGUCUUGGCAUCAGAUGGAGUAUGGGAUGUGCUAAGCAACGAAGAAGUGGUUGAAGUCGUGGCGUCAGCUUCAAGCAGAGCAUCAGCAGCUAGGCUAGUGGUGGAUUCAGCUUCACGCGAAUGGAAACUUAAGUACCCGACUUCGAAAAUGGACGAUUGUGCAGUUGUGUGUUUGUUUCUUGACGGGAAGAUGGACUCAGAGUCGUCAGAUUACGAAGAACAAAGAUCCUCUUCAGUAGAAUCAGAUGAAAGCCAGAGAGGAGAGCCGUGUCUUCAGAGAAACGCUACGGUCAGGUCAUCAUCAGUAGAUAACAACAGAUGCGGUAAUGUGAAUGCAGAGGAGAAAGGGACGGAAGGAGAACAGAACUCACUUGUUCAGCUCCCCAGAUUCUCUGGAGACUAAACCAAAGACUUGAGACAUGAUUUUUUUAUUGUUUUCAAGAAUUGAGUUUUGGUCCUUAUGGUUGCAUCUAUUCUUAAGCAUUGGGAGGAUUCAAUGGGCUCAUCAUUUCAUAAACUGUAAAUAUCUUAGGUCUUUGUCUCUUGCCUCGAAACUGUGAAAAACCACAACUGGGAAAAAAUGUUGUUGCAAUGAAUUAAAAAGGUCCCACCGAGACUUGAACUCGGGUUACUGGA